CAGACCGACAGCAGCAUUACGCACCUGGACCUAGGACAGCUUUCUUGCAUGGAGGCUCGAAUAGGACAACCGAUGAAGUAGCGUUCUCGUCUACUGAGAAAAAGCAGCAUCCGAAACCGGCUGUAGCACCUGGAAGCGUUUCUUCGGCAAAUCAUCUGGCAAGUCGCAGUAUAGAUCCAUUGGGACAAUUCGUGCAGUCGAUAAAGUUAUGGUUUUUUGCUAGUAGAACUCAUUAGGCUAUUAGUACUAAAAAGCCCCAUAAAAAAUGUUCUAAGGCAAAGCGGAAUUGCGACUUUUGUGCAUAGCGAAGCGGUGCAACAGAUCGUGCAAGAGGUGAGAAGCUCCCCUGACGAUUACGAGGAAU